CAGAAAUAGAAACAAGAAGCCCCCAAUCCAUAAUGAGUUUUGAGUUCAGUGGGCAGAUGUUGUGGGAGUGAAAGUCUCAAAGUAGCAGCCAGCUCAUUCCUGACUCCUGCGUCGACAUCGACUUCACACCAACCUCACUAAAAACACACAUUACAACAUUGCACACUUUUUUCACUGUACUAGUAUCUACACUAACUAAGCACCGUCGUUUAUCGUUUAUAUAAAAAGGCAUCAUUCAUUACUCAUAACUCAUCACAACAAACUGCAUAAUUACCAAAACUACUAGUACUAGUACUCUCUCUUCACUCACUCAACCAAAAAAACACAAUGGACUACGGUAGGUUAGGAUUAUCCGACCCUGGAGGUUCGACUCCCUCCGAACCUAUAAUUCAUCCCAAACCGAGAUCUUCCAAGAAGAAAAUCAUUUUCCUCUCUCUCCUCGCCGUGUUACUCAUCGUUGCCUCCGCAGUUUCCGCCGCAAUGCUCACUGGAGUCCACACCCGCCGCGGAAACCAGCAUAAAAAUCCGUCUCUCCGACGUAAUCCAACACAAGCAAUCUCUAGAACAUGUAGCAAAACUCGUUUCCCUUCACUCUGCGAAACGUCUCUUCUCGAAUACCCUGGAUCCACAAUCGCUACAGAGAAAGACCUUAUCCACAUUUCCCUCAACAUGACGCUACAGCAUCUCUCCAAAGCACUCUACUCCUCCGCCUCUAUCUCCUCCACCAUCGGCAUGAACCCUCGCAUCCGUGCCGCUUAUCAAGACUGUCUCGAACUUCUUGACGACUCCGUCGACGCUGUCACUCGCGCAUUGACCUCCGUCGUACCUUCCUCCUCCUCCAAAGGCUCCGUUAAGCCUCUUACCUCAUCCUCCACUGACGAUGUACUCACGUGGCUCAGCGCUGCACUUACCAACCAAGACACGUGCGCUGAGGGUUUUACCGACACUUCCGGUGCCGUGAAAGAUCAGAUUGCGAAUAAUAUAAAGGACUUGUCGGAGCUAGUGAGUAAUUGUUUAGCUAUUUUCUCUAACUCCGGCGCCGGAGAUGAUUUCUCCGGUGUUCCUAUACAUAAUAAAAGACGAUUAAUGACAAUGCCAGAAAAUGAUUUUCCGAUAUGGUUGAGAAAACGAGAGAGAAGAUUGUUGGACUUGCCGGUGUCUGCGUUACAGGCUGAUGUGGUAGUUUCUAAAGACGGUAACGGAACAGUGAAAACUAUAUCGGAAGCUCUUAAAAAGAUACCGGAGUACGGUAACCGACGCUUCAUUAUCUAUAUCAAAGAAGGAAGGUAUGAAGAAGACAAUUUAAAGAUUGGGAGGAAGAAAACUAAUGUUAUGAUCAUGGGAGACGGAAAGGGAAAGACAGUGAUCACAGGGGGCAAAAAUGUUAUGCAAAACUUGACCACAUUUCACACUGCUUCCUUUGCUGCUAGUGGUCCAGGCUUCAUUGCAAGAGACAUGACAUUCGAGAACUACGCCGGACCAUCAAAGCACCAAGCGGUAGCCCUCCGCGUUGGAUCAGAUCACGCGGUGGUCUACCGCUGCAACAUCAUCGGAUACCAAGACACAAUGUAUGCACAUUCCAAUCGUCAAUUCUACCGCGAAUGUGACAUCUACGGUACCGUAGACUUCAUAUUCGGCAACGCUGCAGUUGUUUUUCAAAACUGCAGUCUCUACGCCCGAAAGCCCAUGGCCCAACAGAAAAACACCAUCACAGCCCAAAACAGAAAAGACCCGAAUCAGAACACCGGUAUAUCCAUCCAUAACUGUAGAAUCCUUGCCACACAAGAUCUAGAAGCAUCCAAGGGAAACUUCACAACGUAUCUGGGCCGUCCAUGGAAACUAUACUCUAGAACGGUGUACAUGUUAUCAUACAUGGGGGAUCAUUUACAUCCACGUGGGUGGUUAGAGUGGAAUACAACAUUUGCUUUAGACACAUUGUAUUAUGGUGAAUACAUGAAUUAUGGGCCGGGUGGAGCUAUUGGGAAACGGGUAACUUGGCCCGGGUUUCGGGUUAUUACGUCCACCGUGGAAGCUAAUAGAUUCACGGUGGGUCAGUUCAUAUCGGGCUCGACUUGGUUGCCGUCUACUGGAGUGGCAUACGUAGCUGGCUUAAAUACCUAAAGUCUAUUUUAAUGCAACUAUAGUUAGAUGUAUCUUUCAACUUUUAACUAGUAACAAACCCGUGCGUUCGCACGGGUUCUGGUACGGGACGCGCAUUUGUUUCACAUAUAUAAUUUUUAAUAGAAAAAAUUAAAUUAAAAGUAAUUAACAUUUUGUGGAAAAGCAUAAGAACAAUUAACAUUAAAUUGUGUCUAAAAAAAAUAAGGAAC